AUCCAAACCACUGUCACCCUUUCGACUCAGGACUUUUGUCAUUUCGGUUUGAGUCAAACAUUGCCCAACAUGGCUGACACAGAUCUCACUUCAACGAUUCUCAAAUACACCGAUCGUCAUUUGGGAUUUCCACUUUUGUCCCAUUUGGCCAAUUUGGAAUCAUUCAAGCAAGAUGAUGUGAACAAAGCAAUGUAUGAACUUGCAAAAGGUACUUCAAUGGUAGACUUUGCAUUACAACUACAUCAACAAGCAUAUCCUGGUCAAGCAGCUCCUGCUGAUUUGGAGAAUAAGAGACAAAAGAUCUUGGCAGAAAAUGAACGUCUAGCUAAAGAUACAGAAGCAGUCUUAAACGUAAUCGAAGAUCCAACAGUAGCCAACUCACUCAAACAAGAUAAAGCACAGAAUUUGCAUUGGUUGGAGGAAAACUACAAACUCACACUAGAUCAAAUCAAAGCUCUAUACGAAUACGGAUACUUCCAUUACAACGCCGGUAAUUAUGGUGAUGCAUCUUCUUACCUUUACCAUUUCCGUGUCUUGUCCACCGAUCCCGUUUUGACCGUUUCUUCACACUGGGGUAAAUUGGCUUCCGACAUUUUGACCGGUGAAUGGGAUCGUGCAUUGGAAGAAUUGAAACUACUACGCGAUCUCAUCGAUACUUCAAGACCCGAUCAAGGCGGACAUGAAGCUAUUUUGGAACGUAGAACAUGGUUGUUGCAUUGGUCUCUCUUUGUUUGGUUCAAUCAUCCCGAAGGACGUGAAGGAUUGGUAGAGAUGUUCCUUUCGCCUGCUUACCUUAACACAAUUCAAACGACAUGCUGGUGGCUAUUACGUUAUUUGGUCGCUGCUCUGAUCACCACCCGUCGUUCUUCUCGCGUUUACGUUAUCCAGUCUUCUUCUGGUGCCGCAAAUGCUGGAAUGCCAUCUAGCACAAAAUUAACACCUUCUGCUGCUUUGCAAGAGGUGACAAAGAUUUUACAACAAGAAUCACACAGAAUUGACAACGAUCCUAUCCUUUCAUUCUUGCGUGAAUUAUACGUCAACUUCGACUUUGAUGCCGCUCAACAAGAACUACGCAAAGCACAAACAGUUGCUGCGAAUGACUUCUUCAUUAGCGAACAUGCUGAUGAUUUCGUUGAGUCAGCUCGUUUCCUCGUUAGUGAAGCUUAUUGCCGUAUCCAUAAACGUGUUGAUAUUGCCGACCUUUCCAAGAGACUCAACAUGUCAAAAGAAGAGGGAGAGAAAUGGAUCGUGAACCUUGUACGUGAUACACGUGCAGACGCAAAGAUUGAUUUCAAGGAAGGUAUGGUUCACAUGAACCAAUCUCAAUUGGCAGUCUAUCAAAGCGUCAUCGAAAAGACUCGUGGAUUCACUUUCCGUUCAGCAGCCAUGGGUCAAGCGAUGGACAGAAAAGCACACCCAAUCUCUGCCAAUUCAGGUAAUGAUUCUAGAGGAGCAGGUAGCGGUGGUAGAGGAGGUGCUCGUGGAGGAAGAGGCGGUAGAGGUGGCGGUGGCAGAAGUGGUGGUGACAGAAAUGCAACAUCUACAGCCACUCAAGGUCAAAAUAAUGCAUCAGAGCAAGCUGCAGUUCCACAACAAGAACCGAUUGCUGCUUAAUUGCAUCUUCUGAAAUUCAUACAAUCACUGUAACUCUAGAUACUGGAAAAAAGAUGACUUGUCCUUUUUCCUUCUCAAAAUUCUAUACUCCCUUGUCUCACCAUGGGAAUUGCCAA